AUGCUGGGCUUCAGCGCCUCGUCCCGGCCCCGCCUCGGCUUCCGGCCUGGCGCGGCUCCCUCGCCUUCCCUUGGGGCGGUGCCCCAACUGCGACUCCCGCGGCCCCCGCAGCAACCUGGCACUCGCCCUCAACCAACAUGGCGCCGAUGGCCUCAGUACGUCAAGCGACGUGCCCGCCGGCCUCCUCCCGCGCUUCCUGCGGAAGCCGAGCAGCAGAGCGGAAAGCCUGGCUUCCGGGCCGGCGGUGGCCUAGGCAGCGCCAGGGUGGUUGAUGUGUGGCUGCGCCGUGGCGAGGCAGGCCGGGAUGCUGUACCCCCGGGAGAGCCCGUCACGGAAGCGCAAGGAGCUGGACGACCUCUGGAGCUUCCGCGCCGACUUCUCCGACGACCGGCGCCGGGGCUUCCAGGAGCGGUGGUAGCGGCCGCUGCUGCGUCUGGCCCCACCCUGGACAUGGAGGUUCUCUCCAGCUUCAAGAACAUCUGCCAGGACUGGCGGCUAUGGCAUUUUGUCAGCUGGGUGUGGCACAAAUGGGAAGUGACCUUGCCAGAGUGGUGGACCCAGGACCUGCAGAGAAGAGUGGUGCUGAGGAUUGGCAGUGCCCACUCCUAUGCCAUUCUGACUUUGACUUCAGCUCGGCGGGACUGCAGCGGUCUGUGCUUCUGUUCACGACACUCACCACCUGCAUUGAUGACAUCACCAUCACCGUCACCACCAGCGUGGAGCAAGACAGUGCGUUGCUGCCACCUGCUAUAGGUGACUGAGAAGUGAGCCUGGGGCACCUUCAGACUCAACCCCAAUGAUGAGGACAUCCACACAGCCAGCGAGCGCCACCUGAAGACAGCAGUGGAGACCUCAGGACAUGGCCAGUUGCAGUGGCUCAUGCCUAUAAUCCUAGCACUUUGGGAGGCUGAGGUGGAAGGAUCACUUGAGGCCAAGACUUUGAGACGAGCGUGGGCAACGUAACAAGGUUUCAUAACUACAGAAAAUUGAAAGGAAAAAAAAUAAAGAACAGCAGGGCUAAGCAGAAUUGGUGAGAGAUUUGGGCAAGACCUGGGGCCCUUGGGUAGAGAGGGAGGUUGGCAGGGCUGAUAAAAGCUGCCUUGCCUGGAUUGACUCCUCUGGGCAUCUAGACUGUGACCCUGGGCCUCCCUUCACUUCCAAGAGCUCAUUGGCAAAACUGCUGGGAAGCUGCUCACGGGAUGCAGCCGGAAUAACCAGGUGCCUCUAGCCCCUCCACCCCCCUGCUUUUUGCUGUCCCAACCUUGGGGAGCCCAGGGGGCAGUUAGAGCUCAGCAGGGUCCUGGCUCCCCAGGGAAGCAGCUCAUCAGCCUCCCUGAGCAUCACCUCCUGCUU